CCAUCUUUAUGCUUCUUUCCGUACUGGUGGUGAGUCAGCUAGCUUACAGCCGUCCGAUCAUCACGGGGAACACGGACGACGGCUUGUUGUGCGACGGUGUAGACGAUUGCGGCCGUCGCAGCAGCAGUACUAGCGCUCCGUCUUUUUUGGAAUGGGGACUCUCGGCGGCCGAGACCACCUGCGAUCCGAUAUACGGGUUCUUACCGUGCUCCACCAAUCUCUGGGGUUUGCUGUUUCUGAUUGUGGUUUACGAGAUCUUGCUUUCGAUUGGAGGGCAGUACGUGGUCAACGGUUCGACUCUGUUCUUCCAGAUUACCGGGCCCGGCGUGUUCGGUGGCAGCUUGUUUCAGCUUCUCGGCACAAUCCCGCAAGUUGUCAUGGUUCUUGUAUCUGCACUUUCGGGAACAAUUGCUGCUGCUCAACAAAGGGCCACAUUAGGAAUGGGACUUGUAGCAGGGACUACAGUGAUGCUUCUUACUUUGAUUUGGGGUACUUCUGUAAUUCUUGGAAGUUCUGAUCUCUCGCAAUCGUCUACUACUACUGCAACUACUACUACUGAUAGUUCCGGAACACCGAAGAAUAGCACUCCAAAAGGCUCUGGCGUUGUUACGGAUGUCGAAACUAGCUACAUCGCACGGAUAAUGUUGAUAAGUUUGAUCCCGUUUCUCGUUCUCGUGUUUGCGUUAAUUUUCAAUUCUUCUACGGGGAAACGAGUCACUAUUCUUAUUGCGCUAAUCGUAUCAGUUACUUUGCUAAUUGCUUAUAUUAUCUAUCAGAUAUUCCAGCCAUGGAUACAAAAUAGAUGCUUCCAGUUUGUGGUCACCAAAUAUGGCCAAGACAAGCUAUUGACACUUAUUACGACAAACGGCAAAACCGAUCCUAAUAAAAUACUAGUGCUAUUUAACAAAAUCAACAAGAACGCCGACGCAACAGUAUCGACAGCAGAGGUCAGAGGUUUGCUCCUAGGGGUAAAAAUGGACAUAAAUGAUGAUAAAAGCACGGAGCGCGACGUAGGCAUGAUAAUGGCAUCUUUCGAUACCUCGAGCGACGGAGUUAUCAAUCAAGACGAAUUCACCAAUGGCAUGACAAAAUUAGUUUCCGAUUUAUCCAAUCAAACUUCGUCACAAAUCACUACAACAAACGGAACUACCAAUUCUCAGGGGUUGAUUUCGACUAGCACGAGCACAAGCCAAACGGCUCCUACGAAUUCUUGGUCGAAUUAUUUAAGAGCUGGUUUCUUCGUGAUUUUCGGUAUUUUAAUUUUAUGCGCAUUUUCCGAGCCUUUAAUCAGAUCGGUUGUAGAUUUUUCUAUAGCUGCAAAUUUUUCGACAUUCUCCGUUUCGUAUUUGGCUAUACCCUUUGCUAUGAAUUACGGAGUGGCAAUUCAGUCAAUUGCUUCAGCCAGACAGAAGACACAGAUAUCCAUUUCUUUGACACUCUCUUCGUUAUAUGCUGGAGUGUACAUGAACAAUAUUAUAGGUCUAAUAGUGUUCCUUGCUCCAGUGUACGUGCGUAAUUUGUCGACGAAUGUGUGUGCAGAAGUUCUUUUGGUUCUAAUAAUCUGCACGGUUAUGAGUGUAUUUACGAGCAUCUACACCACAUUUCCUCGCUGGAUCGGAUAUAUAUUGGUGUCUCUAUACCCGAUUUCUCUAGCAACUGUCUAUAUUCUUACUACCGUUCUUGGAUGGUCCUAAAAAAAAGACGAUACUACCCUCCGUCGACAUUUGUUAUUCAUGAAGUUCUCAGUGUUGUCUAGUGUGUGUGUGUGUGCGCGCGUGUGCUAUGUGUAUAUUCAACACGUGUGCUAUGUGUAUAUUCAACACGUAAACAAGAAAUAUUUAUUUUAUUACGCAAUAUUCAAAUUGUAUUUC